CAGAACCAGCACCACCAGCACCACCAGCACCACCAGCACCAGCACCACCAGCAUCACCAGCACCACCAGCACCAGCACCACCAGCAUCACCAGCACCACCAGCACCAACUUCUCCCAGAACCAGGCUGGACGAAAAAGACGCCUCAAUGCUUAUUAAUCCCGCGCCCACAUCAACCACCGCCGACACUCGCCACCGAUCGCGGUCGCAAAAACGAAAGCGCUCCGCCUCACGCAGCCACUCGCGGCCGCCUUCUGUGAGCUCAAGCGACCGCGACCUACGCACAAUAAUCGCCAUGCAGCUCUCGGCGCGCCUACGACGCACCGACCUUCUGGACUUCUUUUCCGCCGCUGGCCGCGUUCGCGACGCCCAUAUAGUCUCUGAAAAAGCAUCUCGGAGAUCCCGCGGCGUAGCUUAUAUCGAGUUCUACUCCGUGGAAGAUGCCCAGAGGGCAUUGGAACUCGGCGGAAGAAAGCUCCUGGGAGUGCCGAUUAUUGUGCAGCCGUCGGAGGCGCAGAAAAACAGGCAGACUGUCAAACAGUACGGCAAAGAAGGGGUACCCUCAAGUGGCUCCUCCUCUGGGGGAGGGGGAGGGGGAGGCCUGGUGUGUGUGCGGGGGCUGGCUGUGAAGAUCGAGGCGGAGGAUGUGGUGGAGUUUUUCCGUGUCUUCGGGCCUGUGGUUUAUGCGCAUGUGCUGCCGGCGGAUGGCCCGGGUGAGUGGGCGGCGGUUGUGAGGAUGGCGCGCCCGGAGAAUGCCUUGCCGGCCAUUGACCGCCUCAAUGGCCUGGCGCUGUUUGGAUCGCGGCUGCGCGUCCGUCCGGCGCGUAGAUCCGAAGUGGACCGGGAGACUGCGCGCCUGGUUGCGAGCAAAACCACCACCCAAGUGGGGGAACCCCCCCUUGCCACUGAUGAAGGUGGCGCUGGUGCUGUGCUGAGGCUGCGCAACAUGUUUGAGCCAGAGGAUAACCAGAACCAGCAGGAGGACGGGCUGUGGCGGAGGGAGAUUGAGGAGGAUGUUCGUAGGGAGUGCAUGCCGCAUGGCUUUGUGGACCGGGUGGUGGUGGAGAGCGCCGGCGACGUGGUGGUUGCUUUUAAGGAAAUUAAAGCUGCAAAGUCGGCGCUGGCGGAUAUGGAUGGCCGCUGGUUUGGCGGAAGACAGAUUCACGCGCAAUUGGUGGACGGCGACAAGAAGAAGGAGAAGGAUAAUGCCGACCAAAGUCAAAAUCAACAUCAGAACCAACACCAGAGCCAGCACCAGAGCCAGCACCAGAACCAACAUCAGAACCAACAUCAGAAUCAGACCCAGGGCCAGGAAUUGUCCGCUGAAAUGAGCACGGAUCAAUAACUAGAAUUGGGCUUUUUUCUUCCUUCUUCAAACCAAUAAUGUCAAAACUUUGCCAUCGCCAUGAAUAUUGUCUGACUUGAUCCCAUGCCAUAUUAUUCAUUGCUCAAUCAUGUAGAAUCGCCUAGACACCCUUUUUCAUCUUUUCCGUGAGUGUUUUUCAUAAUUGCCUCCCCCCACAAGGGGUGUUGUUUGGUACGCGUUCACUGUUUUCUAAUCUUUUCAUUUAAUUCGUUCCGAAAUAAUAUUCAAUUUUCAUU